CAGAACUCUCCAUCCAGCUUGAUGAUUGAGCAUCUGUCUCCCUUACUGUGGGGUGGCCAGCGACAGUGCUCCAGAGGGACCUGCACAAUGCUCGAGCAUUUUAGCCUGGUGUUACUCCUUGCCUCUAUUUGGACCACUAGGCAUCCAGUCCAAGGUGCCAUCAAAGUGCAAGACCUUUCCAUUUCUACAUGCAGAAUCAUGGGCGUCGCACUUGUGGGCAGAAACGCACAGAUGAAUUUCACAGAAGCCAAGGAGGCCUGUAAGAUGCUGGGACUGACUCUGGCCAGCAGGGACCAGGUGGAAUCAGCGCAGAAAUCUGGCUUCGAGACUUGCAGCUACGGAUGGGUUGGAGAACGGGUCUCAGUCAUCCCUCGGAUUUUCCCAAACCCCAAGUGUGGGAAGAAUGGCAAAGGUGUCCUGAUUUGGAACGCUUCUCCCAGCCAAAAGUUCAAAGCCUAUUGCCACAACUCAUCUGACACCUGGGUCAACUCCUGUGUUCCAGAAAUCAUGACCACAUUCGAUCCCAUGUUCGACACUCAAACACCCGCAACAGAGAUUUCUGUCAGCAGCAGCACCUACUUGGCUUCAUCCCCAGACUCCACAACGUCUACUUCUGCCACCACCCGGGCUCCACCUUUAACCUCCAUGGCACGGAAGACAAAAAUGAUUUGUAUCACGGAAGUUUAUACAGAACCUGUCACCAUGGAUACAGAAACAGAAGCAUCUGUUGAAAGUGGAGCAGCAUUCAAGAAUGAAGAAGCUGGGUUUGGAGGUGUCCCCACAGCCCUGCUGGUGCUGGCUCUCCUCUUCUUUGGUGCUGCAGCUGUGCUGGCAGUUUGCUACGUGAAAAGGUAUGUGAAGGCCUUCCCUUUCACAAACAAGAAUCAACAGAAGGAAAUGAUUGAAACCAAGGUUGUAAAGGAAGAGAAGGCUGAUGACGUCAAUGCUAAUGAAGAAUCAAAGAAAACGGUUAAAAACCCAGAGGAGCCGAAGAGUCCAUCCAAAACUACGGUGCGAUGCUUAGAAGCUGAAGUUUAGGUUCGUGAGAGUGGAGAAGGUACAGCUGAGGCAAGUUUCACACCCCGGAACCAAAGAAGCAAGCCACUGUUGGUUCCUGCAGAAAAAGACUGCAGAGUUCACCAGAAGGAACCCUCUCCUUACUGCAGUCUUCUCCGGAAUCUACCCUCUGGCCUCCAACCUUUCCACAGCCUCCCUAGCCCAUCGGUGUCUCACAGCAGACCAGAGAGCGGAGGUUUCAAAGCACCAGCUCCUAAAACAGCUGCUCAGCUCACACUCAGUGACAGGCAUCCAGGCUGCCUGAUCCCAGAUGAAGGCCAGAGUCCCUGAGACAUGGCCAGCCCCAUAGUUCAAAAUCUUCUCACAGGGAGACGCACCAUCUGGUCAUGUUCUUUGGAACCAGGCACACAUAAAAUAAGGAAAGGAAAACAACAGAAGACCAUAGAGAGCCUAGUGACUUGACACCUAAUCUCUGGAAAGCCAAAAUAAACAGAGCGUGAGAUGGGAGCUGGGGGCAUCGAUAGCAGCCUUGUUGGCAGAGACUGUCGAUACAGGCUGGGGCCGGGAAGCCUCUCAGUUAAUGGACCUGCAUCACUUUUAAAAACACAGACACGCUUUCUUUUCUCUUUGAUGUUGCUGAUGUUCGCUAGAGACAAAUACACUUUUAUAAGAAACCUAAAAACACGAGCGGCCAGGAGCUGGCUCAGUGGUAAAGCACUUGCCUGGCACGUACAAACAAGGCUUCCAGUCCAAUCCCCAGAUUCCACCCACGCUCACAUACACACAUAGAAGAAACAAACAAAAAUAUGCAUUUCCAUUUUUACUUGAAUUACAGGACCCAUUGCUGAGAAAACAACUAUGUUAAAAGGUAAAAAAAGAAAAGUACAAAAAAAUGUUGUCAGAUAAUCUACUAUAAGCUGAGAACACUUUAUCUGAAAUGCUUGGUACCAACAGUGUUACAAAUUUCAGAUUAUGCUUGAAGUCUGGGAUACUUUCACAUACAUACUGAUAUUUUAGUGAGACUUGGUCUGAAAAUGAAGUUUACUUAUGUUUCAUGCAUACCUUUUACACUUAGCCUAAUUUCAUACUAAAAUUUAAAAAUAACUUUCCACAUGAGAUAAAGUUUCACGGUGUGGCAUUUUCCUCCUGGGGGCCAUCAUAUUGACACACAAACAGUUUCAGGCUUGGUAAAAGUUUAGUUUUCAGAUUUUUGGGUUAAAGCUGCAAGGAGCUACGUAAGGCACGGCAUUCCAUAACUGAUAUUACUCAAUGCAGACUCAUGUACAGUGGAGUGUGAUCUGAAGCUAAUAUUUUUCCAGCUUUGAUAUCUCUAGCUUAUCUACUUCUGAACUAAUUUUUUGUUGCUGAGACUAAUCCAUUUAUUUUCUCUAAUACAGCAACGAUUUCAACCUUAAUUUAUUAUUAAUGUAUUUGAAAGUGUAUUAAUACCUCUAUGUACCAACAUAUACACUUUGUGUGCCUUUAACAAACGCAUUAUCAGCUCUCACUUUUUUUUCCAGCAAGAAGAACCUGAGAGGAAAAGGAAUAUUUGUGCCCCAAACAAAUAAAGCAUUUAGAAACUUC